AUUAACUCAAUUAUCAACUGUUGCGAUCUCUUCUCUUCGCCUCUCCUGUUUCUUGCUCCUAAAACAUAUAGUCGCCUGCUUCGAACUUAGUUGAGAAAGAUAGAUGCUUAGGUUAAAUGUUUAUUGUUCUCUAAAUAUUCCUAUUCCGGAACAUAUUAAGCUUGGGAGUAGUUAUGGUUCAGGCUUACCUAAGUUCCGUGGUGGACCCAAGCUGCCUCGUCGGGUUUCAGUCAGGGCGUUAAAAGAUGAGAUGGACGGUGGUAUGAGCGGCGGCUUUCAAGGCCGGAGCUGGGAACCUGGCUUGGAAAUUGAGGUCCCUUUUGAACAAAGACCGGUGAAUGAGUACUCGUCCCUGAAAGAUGGACCUCUGUAUUCAUGGGGCGAACUGGGACCAGGCCAAUUUUUCCUUCGACUAGGAGGACUCUGGCUGGUAACUUUCACGGUUCUUGGAGUCCCAAUAGCAGCUGCAAGCUUUAAUCCUUCAAGAGAACCUUUAAGAUUUGUGCUUGCAGCUGGAACAGGAACUCUCUUCCUCGUGUCACUGAUUGUAUUAAGAAUUUAUCUGGGGUGGAGUUAUGUUGGGGAUAGACUUUUGUCAGCAGUAAUACCUUAUGAAGAGACUGGCUGGUAUGAUGGUCAAAUGUGGGUUAAACCACCUGAGGUCCUGGCUCGUGACAGACUGCUGGGCUCUUAUAAGGUUAAACCAGUUAUCAAGUUGUUGAAGCAGACACUAGUGGGAACAGGGGCUUUGCUUGUUACAUCAGUAUUUCUAUUUAUCUUCGCUACACCAGUGGAAGAUUUCUUUAAAACAGCAUUUGUCACAAAGGAUGCACCAUCAAACGUUGUUGCUUCAAAAACCAACACAAAGUUCAAGAUAAGGAAAGAAGAGUUGCUUCGACUUCCGGUUGAGGUUAAGGACGAUGACGAUCUAGCGGCGGCUGCAGCAGAGGCUGCUGACGGAAGACCAGUGUACUGCAGGGAUAGAUAUUAUCGUGCAUUAGCAGGUGGGCAGUACUGCAAAUGGGAAGAUCUGUUGAAGUAGUUAGUUUAAUUGAAUCCUGGGUUUGGGGAAUGGAGACCUUGAAAUAUCUCCUUGGAUUUUUAUAUGGUUAAUUUGCUUUCAAGAUUGUAGCUAAAAGAUGUAAAUGCCAUUUUUUCUUUUUUGCAAUUAUUACAUGACAUUCAGAAAGUUUAAAGAAACAGAAGGGGAAAAGAAAUCCAAAUGUCAUGAUCUGUUCAUAAUUA